UCAGAGGUGCUGAUGAAGGCUGACGAGAUUUGCGGUACCAAAAACCCGACUCCUCACCAGGUGCUGCUGGACACGCGCUUUGAGCUCCCCUUCGACAUCCCAGAAGAGGAGGCACAGUACUGGACCAGAAAGCUUGAACACAUCAACGCCAUCAGGGAACAUGAUGAGUCUCCACUGCAAGAUGAAGCACAAACAAUGCCUUCCAUUCCUUCUCAAUGCUCUCUGAAUGAUCACAACAGCGCCGUGGACGACAGAGACAGUGACUACCGCAGCGAGCCCAACACCCAUCCUCCACGGUACCACACGACCGCCCAGCCCAAUUCCUCAUUACACCAGUACCCUAUGGGCUGUCGGUUGCAUCGUCAAGCUGCAUCUAGCGGUUCCGCGACAGACUCCGUACACAACUAUGGACUUGACUACAGGGAAGGAAUGGGACCUAGUCCAGCGAGCAGCUCUCAGUUUGGGUCAUCUGGUAACCUCAGCCAGGCCACCUCCCAGUUCAGCUCUGAGCCUGAGGAGAGGAGCGAGCCAGCCUCCCGAUCCAGGACACCCACCGGCCCCGGACCGCGGCUGCCCUCAGGUGAAGCAGACAGAGGUGAGGGGGAGGAGCUUGCGAGGGUGGAGAAAGAGACAAAGGAGGGUACCCUGUCUGCCAAGCCAUCCGCUAAUGAGGGGGAGAAGCUGGAGAGUUCUACUGAGGUUGGCCUCCUUCCUCUUACUCCCUCCCGUCUGUGCUGGCUCAAGGCCGUAAAUAAAGUCCAGACACAACUGCAUCAGGUAGGAGAGAAACACCACCCUCUCCACCCUCUGUCGUCUCCGCCCCCUCGCCUCUCCUGGCCGCCGCCCUCUCUGCUCUUGACCGCACCUCCGGUCCUUUUCUGUUACUUGUGGUUUUCUUGCACUCUUGACCCGUCCUAG